AGUCUGAAGGCAACGCCCCUGCACGAAGGAGUCAGGCCUAGGGGCUCGGGACCCAGGGCGACACUCAAUUUUCUAACAGGAGCCACAGCCCAGAAGCUGAGCAGCCUUCCGGCCGAUCUGUGGCCCUGAGGUCGCCCUUGGAGGGCGAGUGAGAACCCCCAAGGCGUUCCGGAGGUGGCGCCCGGCCCGAACCCGGCGCCCGCCCCGGCCCCCCGAGUCAGGUCUUUGCCCCGCCUCUCGGCCCGCGGCCUGGCCGGCAAGCAGGGCUGCAGUUACGGGGCGGAGCGGAGGGCCCCAGCACGGUCAGGGGUGUGUCCGCCGCCACCGUAAGGCUAGGCCACGAGCUUCGUCCUGGGAGCCGCCUCCGUCGCCGCCGUCAGAGCCGCCCUAUCAGAUUAUCUUAACAAGAAAACCAACUGGAAAAAAAAUGAAAUUCCUUAUCUUCGCAUUUUUUGGUGGUGUUCACCUUUUAUCCCUGUGCUCUGGGAAAGCUAUAUACAAGAAUGGCAUCUCUAAGAGGACUUUUGAAGAAAUAAAAGAAGAAAUAGCCAGCUAUGGAGAUGUUGCUAAAGCAAUCAUCAACCUAGCUGUUUAUGGUAAAGCCCAGAACAGAUCCUAUGAGCGACUGGCACUUCUGGUUGAUACUGUUGGACCCAGACUGAGUGGCUCCAAGAACCUAGAAAAAGCCAUCCAAAUUAUGUACCAAAACCUGCAGCAAGAUGGGCUGGAGAAUGUUCACCUGGAGCCAGUGAGAAUACCCCACUGGGAGAGGGGAGAAGAAUCAGCUGUGAUGCUGGAGCCAAGAAUUCAUAAGAUAGCCAUCCUGGGUCUUGGCAGCAGCAUUGGGACUCCUCCAGAAGGCAUUACAGCAGAAGUUCUGGUGGUGACCUCUUUCGAUGAACUGCAGAGAAGGGCCUCAGAAGCAAGAGGGAAGAUUGUUGUUUAUAACCAACCUUACAUCAACUACUCGAGGACGGUGCAAUACCGAACGCAGGGGGCGGUGGAAGCUGCCAAGGUGGGGGCUUUGGCAUCUCUCAUUCGAUCCGUGGCCUCCUUCUCCAUCUACAGUCCUCACACAGGUAUUCAGGAAUACCAGGAUGGCGUGCCCAGGAUUCCAACAGCCUGUAUUACUGUGGAAGAUGCAGAAAUGAUGUCAAGAAUGGCUUCUCGUGGGAUCAGAAUUGUCAUUCAGCUAAAGAUGGGGGCAAAGACCUAUCCAGAUACUGAUUCCUUCAACACUGUAGCAGAGAUCACUGGGAGCAAAUAUCCAGAACAGGUUGUACUGGUCAGUGGACAUCUGGACAGCUGGGAUGUUGGGCAGGGUGCCAUGGAUGAUGGCGGUGGAGCCUUUAUAUCAUGGGAAGCACUCUCACUUAUUAAAGAUCUUGGGCUGCGUCCAAAGAGGACUCUGCGGCUGGUGCUCUGGACUGCAGAAGAACAAGGUGGAGUUGGUGCCUUCCAGUAUUAUCAGUUACACAAGGUAAAUAUUUCCAACUACAGUCUGGUGAUGGAGUCUGACACGGGAACCUUCUUACCCACUGGGCUGCAAUUCACUGGCAGUGAGAAGGCCAGGGCCGUCAUGGAGGAGGUUAUGAGCCUGCUGCAGCCCCUCAAUGUCACUCAGGUCCUGAGCCAUGGAGAAGGGACAGACAUCAACUUUUGGAUCAAAGCUGGAGUGCCUGGGGAGUUCCCUUACACAAGCUCUCUUGCCUGCCGCCAUGCAAGACAUGACUUUGCUCCUCAUUCGCCUUCAGCCAUGAUUGUGAGGCCUCCCCAGCUACGUGAAACUGGAAACAAAAUGAAAAUUUCCAUCAAGAAGCCCUGUCAAGAGAGAGCUAGCCUGAGUGCCUUUCUAGGAAAGUCCUGGAAUUCUCUUAAGAGAGGAGAAAGGCUUAGGAAGGAAAUAUGGAAACUACGAAAAAGGCUAAGACAUCCUCAAGUCUAAGGACCUUGGUGUUUUCAUCCCAGAGCCCCACACCUUGCAAGUGCCCAGAGCAUAGUCAUUGGAUGAUGCUGCUUCCCACUUACCCUCUGGUUUGACAUGGCUGCAGGAUUUGCAUAUGGAAACUGACUGGGUUGAGAAGAGACUCAAAUAAGGACAGACUGGAGAAGUAGGCUUAGAAAGGAGAGACUUCCUGAAGCUUUAAUGCUGUGCAAUAGAAAUGUACAGCAUCAACUUCCUUAUACAACUAGGCGGGUCAGCAGGUCACCUGUGGCGGACCCAGGGAGGACGUCCUCACACCGACAGGUGAGCUUGGCUCGGAGCAUGGCCAGGAGCCAGCCCAUAGCCACAUGCCACCACUUUCUGGCCUUCAGUGUGUUUGCCUUAGUGUCCUCAUCUGUAAAACAGGACUAAUGGCAUCUACCUCACAAGGCUGAUGUUAGGACUUUGUGAGGAAACAGUUUUCAAAAGCUUAGAACAGUGUCUGGCAAGUCCUCAAUUGGCAAGAAAUGUCAGCUCCUCUUGCUGUGAUGAUCACCAAACCCACUUUUUUUACAAACAGAGUGGGGAGACACCACAUCAUUUUCAUUCUUGUUUCAGGAUCUUGGGAAUUUCUGUUUGUCCAUUUAUGCAUUUGUUUUUGUCUUUACUUAUUUAGAGUUCUGGUGGAGAUAAUUUGUUAGCAGGUUUUCUGUUGGAAGGUGCAAGCCUUCUUCCCUAGCCUCAAUAAGUGUGUCCCUGUAUGCAGAGGGGGGCAAUUUAGCUUCUCAAUCUUCGAAGCCUUCCUAAGGACAACAUCACUCUCAGGCUGGAAAUUCUCCGAAAUCCCAGCUUCCAGCAACCCACAGUCAAGUAUUCCUAGGGAUAUGAGAGGGCUUUGUUCACAGUCACAGAACACGUAUAAAUGGGGAUAAACUCAAAUGGUUUGUUGUUUUGGUUAAAGUAAAUAAAAGGGAAGAAGAACAAGGAAAUCAAAUACGGGUCCAGUGGGACCAUCCUCAGUGUAAUAACAGCAUUUCCCAUUAGCUUUCUAAGCAACUUUUAGGCUGCUGAUUUGCCACAGAAAGACUUUUUAAAAAUGCUUUGGUUUCACACAUGGAAAGAAGCCCUCGGGGUGAAUUGCUGGCUGCCCUACAUUAGAGGCCUAGCAGUAAGAACCAUUAGCUCUAAAGACAGGUUAAUUACGAGGAGAACUCCCUGGCCUAAGCUGAGGGAGUUACAGUGAUUCCCAGUGAGAGGCUAAUCAGGAGGCCGCGUUGGGUGGCAACAGCCCUCUCCCGGACAAGGGCUUAACGGGAGUGUCUAAUACCAUUUGCAGUGUUUGGGUUUAUGUGGGGACCAGGAGUCCUGUUGUGUUUGGGUUCAUUAGCUUCAGGGAUUAUUGCCUAUGGGGAUUCACUAACAAGUAGCAGGGGAAGGUGGGAAGAGGCAAGAUGAGCUGGAGAGAUUCGGCAAGACCUCUUAUUCUAUAAAAUUAAGAUCUUGAUGAAACCCCAGACUUUGUCCAGGGCUGGCUCCUUGGUCUAUCUGGAUUGGCAAAUAGGUGUAGACAACAUAUUACAGGAUCUUACACCCCAUGUCAUCUAUUCCAGAUGAUUCUGCAAUCAGCUGUGCCUUAAAACAUGUUCAUGAGAGCUACUCUUGAUUUCCAAGAAACUGCAUGAGAUUUCAUUUAGAAGCCCUUGAAAACAAAGUUUGUGUUUUCUCAAGAAAAGUUUGUUUAGAGCCAGCAACACAAUUUCCAACCCAUUCACCACCCUCCACCAACAUUCUGAGGGCAAAUAGGAAUCUGGGAUGUGCAAAAUUUAGGAACUUUUCUCCAAAAGAGGUAUUUUGACAAAAUAUAUAUAAGCAUCAGAUUCCACAGUUACUAACUGAGCACCUAUUAUGUGCUUGACACUGUGCAGAGUACUUUGCUUUGCUCCACGAUUCCCACAAUUCUCAUUACUCCACGGGAGAGGGGUAUGGUUAUCAGUUCUGCAGAUGGUGAGACUGAGGCCCACAGACUCACAAAAGGCCACACAAUGAGAGCAGAGCCAGACUCUGUCUUCCAUCCUUUAACUUUGGUCAUUUUUCCUGUCUUCUGCCCUGCCUCAACAGAAUAACCCAAAUAGUUACCUGUAAUGGAAAUUAGAACCAUUAUAACAAGUAUUCACAAGUAUUUAGCUUAAGGGAAGAAAUGUUAAAAUGUCUCUCCCUGUGGGUUACUGAGUGUGACACACCCUGACCUCACCCACCCUCUACAAGUGGGGGCCAGGAGCCCUGUUGUGUGUUGUUGUUGUUUGUCUUCCCAACUUUGGAGUGAGUAAGUAUGCAGAUAAACCUUGUGACAAAUAUCAGGUAAAUCUGAAGUUGCUGUUUGUGUUGAGGUUUCCUUUUUAUUAUAUGUUUUCAAUAUCUGUGAAAAUUUUUAAUAAAUCAAUUUUUCUUAUGAUACCUU